UGGAGUCAUACAAAACUCAUAAACUCUUUGUAAUCAGUCAGAUGACACAGUUAUUACAACCAAAUAAUAAAUUAUAUAAUUUAAAUACCGAUAAAUUAUUGGUGCGAUCCCUCAUCCCUUUGAGCCUAGAAGCGGAAUAAUACCAAGGAAACCUCACGCUGAGUGCAACGGGAAACUACUUAAAUUACGGACCAGUGUUCCACGAUGAAGUUUAACUACGGAUUGACAAUAUUUUCAUUCAUCUUGUAUUCAAAGUUCUGUGAUGCAGAACUUCUAAUAGCUCAAGUUCUAAUUCGCCACACACAAGCUACUCCAAUUGCAACCGACAGCAUCAGGGAAUACUUUCCAAAAAUCCGAGAGAAUAAUGUCUCGAUGGUGCCAGGCACCAAUCAGUUGACGAUUGACGGACAACAGAAGGCAUUGCAGUUAGGGGCAUACUUCCGCAGGAGGUAUGGAUUUAACGAUAGUUUUGACAAAAUUUAUUUCCGAUCACAGAAGACAACGACAGCAUGGGAUACAGCUGAAUUGAUGGCACUUGGACUACUCACUGAGUGCUACACCCGAGAUCACAAUUGUUUAGAUGCGAUGCACCAACCCAACUUGGAUCUGCUUAACUCAAUACCUUAUUACCGAAUGGAUUUCGAUGUAAGAGAUGAAGAUAUGCUAUUCUCAGGCAGCUUAAACUGUACAAAUUAUCAGCAAAAGUUCAACUCGCUGAUCUCCGCACAAACCAAAAGGAUGAGCAAUGAAAUGCGGAAGAUUUACGAUUAUCUGUCACUGAAUACAGGGACUGAGUUCAACACGUGUACUCAGGGUUGGCUUCUUCAUCAGUAUCUGCAGACGGAGGCGAAUGUGGGGAUUCCUUCAGCGAAUUGGACCAAGAAUAUAUUUCCUAAUGGAGCUCUGAAGAAUCUCACUAUUCUGAAGUACCUGACCGAUUCCGCCACCCCACAAAUGAGGCGGCUUCUGGGGGGUGCUCACAUCAGCACAUUCUUGCACAAUGUCGACAAUUACGUGAAGGGAUGGGAAAAUAGGAGAUUAUUGAUGUAUGUAGCAGACGACUACCAUAUAGCUGGACUUCUCAAUGCUUUAAACGUUUAUGAUGGGAAACAUGUGCCUGAUUAUGGCAGUUAUAUUGCGUUAGAAUUGCAUAAAGUUCAGGAUAAAUUGUUUGUCAUGCUUGCUUACAACAAUGGCACAAUCAAGCCGGACUUCACUCUUUAUCUACCAAUUCCUGGAUGUACAGACGUCUGUCCUCUAGCCGACUUUGAAAAAAAUUUCAAAAGUAAUACACUCAGAAAUUUCGGCAAAGACUGCUGCAAUAGCACAGAAAAUAAAUGCAAUUGAAUUAAAAAGGGGAUCACAUGUUUCUAUUUGUUCUGAU